AUGGCAGCAGCAAACAUCGUGGUUCCGACGACCGAGGAGGGCCAGACGGCGCCCGCGGCGCCCGCCAAGGGCGUCGAGCAGCAGCAGAGCGUGGACCCCUGGAACGUCAGCGGCGGCAUCGACGCCGAGGGAAAUGUGCAGGCCAUCAACUACAACAAGCUUGUCGAGGAGUUCGGCACCAAGCUGAUCGACGCCGAGCUGCUCGAGCGCUUCGAGCGCGUCACCGGCCACAAACCGCACCGGUUUAUGCGCCGCGGCAUCGUCUUCUCCCACCGCGAACUCGACGUCAUCCUCGACAGGCACGAGCGAAACGAGCCCUUCUUCCUCUACACUGGCCGCGGCCCCAGCAGCGACUCGAUGCACAUUGGACACACGGUCCCUUUCGAGUUCACAAGAUGGCUGCAAGAGGUCUUCCAGGUGCCCUUGGUGAUCAUGAUGACCGACAAAUAUCUCUUCAGCGAGAAGAGGACAAUCGAGGAGGUCCAAUCCUACACAAAGACGAAUGUCAGGGACAUCAUCGCCGUCGGCUUUAACCCGGAAAAGACAUUCAUUUUCUCGGACUACGACUUCAUCGGCGGUGCUUUCUACAAGAACAUCACAAGGUUGUCGAAGCACAUCACAUAUAACCAGGCCAAAGCCAUCUUCGGCUUCAAUGAUAGCACAAAUAUCGGCAAGAUCCACUUCGGCAGCAUCCAAGGCGCAACGAGCUUCGCAUCGUCUUUCCCUCACAUUUUUGGGGAUGACGAGAAGAUCUCAAGCAAAAUCCCCUGCUUGAUUCCUUGCGCCAUCGAUCAAGAUCCCUACUUCAGGAUGACGCGCGAUGUGGCGUCGAGGCUAAAAUUCGCCAAGCCGUCUCUUAUCCACGCGCGCUUCCUUGACGCUUUACAGGGCCCCGGGUCCAAGAUGAGCGCAAGCAUCGACACGUCGGCCAUCUUCAUGAAGGACACGCCGAAGCAGAUCUUGAACAAGGUCAACAAAUACGCAUUCUCAGGCGGCCAGGUCACCGUUGAGGAGCACAGGGAAAAGGGCGGUGACACUACCAAGGACGUGCCGUACCAGUACCUUACCUUCUUCCUUGAGGAUGACGAAGAGCUCGAGAAAAUUAGGGUUGAGUACAGCACGGGCAAGAUGCUGACGGGCGAGAUCAAGCAGAGGUGCGCGGAGGAGCUCCAGAAGUAUGUGCUAGGCUUCCAGGAGCGGCGCGCCAAGGUGACGGACGAGGUUGUGGCCGAAUUCAUGAAGACCAGGCCACUGAGUCUCAAAUGGAACACGGCGGGCCUCGGUACAGAGACCAAGGAUGGUGCCGAGGGUGAGGCCGCCGGUGAUGGGAAGAUGACCAAGAACCAGCUGAAGAAGCUCGAGAAGGCGCGGCAACAGGCGGAAAAGAAGGAGAAGAAGCAGGCCGAGAAAACGGCUGCUGCAGGCGCACCAGCAGCCAAGGAAGAGGCCAGCUAG